AGCCUGUGGUGGCCCCUCUGCUGAUAUCACCCCAGCUCUCUUGGCUUGUUAUCUUGCUGUCAGCACGUAUCGCUGGGAGUUUUAUGCCUCAACUGAGCCAGAGUUCAGAAGUCUGGCUGCUGUUUCUCUUGAAGUGCCAAGAUAAAAGCCCUGCCUGUCUCUAGUAGAAAUGCAAGACAGGAAAGUUUACGGCUGCUGGUCUGGGGGUGACUUUCAGGCAGAUGUGCACUUGUAAGGGGGCUGUGAUAAUAAAGCUUCAGGUUCCCUUGCAGGUGCCUUCCAGGGGGCUGGCUCAUGAAGGAGAAGCAGGAGCACACCAGUCCAUGCUGGACAAGAGUGACACUGCUCUCCAGCCUCUGCCUUCUUCUGCUCGGAGCACUAGGCAUCUCUGCACUUGGCCACCUCACAAAAGGUCACAAGAACAGCACACUGAUUCUUACAAAGGGAAAUACCAUUCGGAACUGCAGCUGCCCUGUAGACAUCAGGGACUGUGACUACAGCUUGGCCAACCUGAUGUGCAGCUGUCAGUCUGUCUUGCCUUUUGCCAUGGAGCAAACCAGCUAUCAUGGCCACCUGACCAUCUGGUUCACGGAUCCGUCCACCCUGGGCCACCUGCUCAGGUUCACGCUGGUCCAAGACUUGAAGCUUUCCUUGUGUGGCUCCAAUGCCCUCCCCACCGAGUACCUGGCUAUCUGUGGGCUGAAGAGGCUUCGCAUCAAUGCUAAAGCCAAGCAUCCCUCCCAGGAGCAGAGCUUGCUCAUCCACAACAGGAGGGAAGGCGGGUCCUUGUCCAGAGGCUGGCAAGCGUGUCUGUUCAUCUCAUUCUUAGAUGUGGCUCUUUUCAACAGGGACUCAUCUUUAAAGUCGUACAGCAUUGAUAACAUUUCCGGCCUUGCCAGUGACUUCCCUGACCUUCCUCACGUUAAAACUUUCCCGACGCCAAGCAACAGGAGCUGUGUUGUCACAGUCAUUUACUAG